CUACAGUCAUGGCCGGGAACUCAGAGAAAGUACCGAUCGCCUCGGCGGGGCCAGAGGAUCUGCAUAACUUCAUGCCCCCGGCAUACUCUGCCGUGGCCGUGAAGCCCGCCGCCUCCGGCUGCCUGCUGAAGGCCGGGAUCGCGGUGCUCAUCGCCGGGACUCUCCUACUGCUACUGGGGGCAGUCGGAGCGUUCUACUUCUGGAACAACAAUGAAAAACACGUCUACAAUGUCCACUACAGCAUGAGCAUCAAUGGGAAAGUGGAGGAGGGCACAAUGGAGAUCGACGCUGCCAACAACAUGGAGAGAUUCAGCACCGGCAGCGGGGCGGAUGAGGCUGUGGAGGUCCAUGAUUUCCAGAUUGGGAUCACAGGGAUCCGCUUCUCAGGAGGAGAGAAGUGCUACAUCAAGACCCAGGUGAAGGCCCAGCUGCCUGAUGUGGAGGCUCUCAACAAGGACUCCAUGACAUUCGACCUGGAGGACGAGGUGAUGCCGGCCAAAUUUGAUGAAGAUCUUAUCUUGGUGGCCGCUGGCGCCCCCAUCUCAGACUCCGCCUUCCUGAGCAGCAAGAUAAAGGACUUGUGUGGAGGGCUGCCGAUCUUCUGGCUCCGACCCACCUACUCAACCAGCGGACAGAGGCAAGAGGAGGGCAGCCCCCGCCCGCAGCGCAGCGCAGGGAAGUGUGAGGCACCGAGAUCCACACCGGGAACCCUAUCAGCAGUCUUCCCCGGCGCUAAAGACGUACAGUACAUGGCAGAGUGCCACACACACACUGUGCGCUCUCUGACCGCUGUCUUCUCCCUCUCCUCUCAGAGCGGCCUGGAGGGUGAGCAGGGCUCCAUGAACAUCGACCCGAUGCUGGACCACGAGGGCAUCUGCUGCCACGAGUGCCGCCGCAGCUACACCCACUGCCAGAGGAUCUGCGAGCCGCUGGGGGGGUACCACCCGUACCCGUACCACUACCGCGGUUGCAGGGUGGCAUGUAGAGUCAUCAUGCCCUGCAACUGGUGGGUGGCCCGCAUUAUGGGCCUGGUGUAAGCAGCCCCGAAGAUCUUGGGAGAUGCUAGAGUCCAGGAGGGAAGAUACCAGGAUGGGGCGGGGUUCAGUGGUGCCAGAUGUAUGAUAUGUAUCGCCUUUGUACGAUUUAUGCCCUCUAUACAAUGUAUUAUCAAAUAUACCAAAAGUGCCAUAAUGUACGAUAUUUUGAACGAGUCGUUGGUUUUAGUCUAUGCUGUCUGUAUUACGCAUCUAUUCACAUGCUUGGUGUAAGCUAGGAUAUUUAUAAAUCCCAACAGGUCGUUUUCUCUACCAACUUCAUUUGAAGAGUUUGCAUGAGACAUAGCUACAUCAUAGCUACAUUAACGUGCUUAAAGAAGACACAAACAAAUCAUCUAAACAAACUUUUGGUAAAAUACAAAAAGUACACAUUAACGUAUUUGUAUUUGCAUUAUAACUCAUUUACAAUGAUUUUACGCCUCUGGUAUUUACAUUUUCGAUAUGGCAACGCAGAUGGGAUUUUAAGGGAAGGGGGGGAUGAUGGGAUAAGUCUAUGCAAGGGAGUUGGUGGCUUCUUCUUGUAAUUUACUGUAGUUACCUGCCGGUCUGAGCAGAACUGAGUGGUGCCUACACAUUAGAAAUGCAUGGAGCAGAAUCUAGGACAGUCAUGUUCUCACAUGUAGGAGUAAGCAUGGCUGCAUGCUGCACAGCUUGUCUUAUUAAAAAAACAUACCUGCUAUGGAUUUAGAUCCAGCUCAGCUGCAGUGCAACAUGCUGUCAGGAGAACAGAGGUUAUGAUACAAAACAUCCAAUGAUUUGAUGUAGAAUGCCACCUAUUCAUCUAGACAAAAAGGCAGUUAAGCUUGUAUUUAUAGAGCUGGUAAUCAUUUAUUUUAUUUCAUUCUUUAAUGUAAAUUAAAUGUAUAUGGUGUAACGUAUUUCAAUAGCAGUCAGCUGGCUUAAAUAGCACCUAUUGUUUGUUUCAAUUUCACUCUAGUGAGAAAUAUUUUGUGUGUUCUCAAGCCAUUUAUUUUAAUUUUCAUGAGUAGCUCAUUAAAACAAUGUACCGGACGGUCUCUCGAACUUUCAUCUCAAUGUUCUUUCAUCUGCAUUGAAGAUGCUAUCUCAAAGUGCAAUAUCGCUGAAUAAACUUUUUGU